CUUUCCGUUUGAUAAAAUAUUUAAAAUAAGAAAUAUCACAAACUAAAAUUUUAAAAAAGAAAGAAAGAAAUACAUGAAGUAACCACCAAACAAUUGAGGUGACCCUCACGGGAAUUUAUUGGCGAGAUCUCUCUCUCACUUACUCACUCAUUCACUCAUUCACUCAUUCACUCAUCGACUCACUUUGAAAACCCUAAAACUCACGAGCUAUCCUUCACCGCUGGAUCCUCAUACGUUUGGUCAGAUUCUAUCUCUCGGCUCUUCUCUUUUGAUCUAGUCUUUUUGCGAGAUCAAGCUCAUGGCGUCCGACGACGACUCAGAUAUAAUUCGACUUCCCGCGUUAGACAACUCAGAUUUAAUCACAAGGUUAAAGAGGACGACGCUCAUCGGUAGGAUUAUGAACCCCGAGGUUCAGAAUGUUGACUCACUGGUUAUGACGUUACCCAGACUCUGGAAACUAGAGGACCGAGUGAAAGGGAUGGGCUUGGGAUCAGGAACGUUCAGGUUUGAUUUUGAGAGAGAGGAAGAUCUUCUGGAGGUGAUGACGAUGGAGCCUUUCAAUUUCAAUCACUGGAUGGUUUCGAUUGUGCGCUGGGAACCCAUUAUACACAAGGACUACCCGUCGGCCAUCACAUUUUGGGUCAGAAUUGUUGGUCUUCCUCAGGAUCUCUGGACUGAUCAGAAUUUCCGAAUGAUUGGGGAUCAGCUGGGCACUGUUCAAGAAGUUGAUGAAGAGAACGCCAUGGUCAACGUGACUGUCGAUAGUACUAUGCCAUUGUGCUUCGAAAUGCCUGUUCAGUUUGAAACGGGUGGUGAGGAUGUGCUGGUGGAGAUGGAGUACGAAAAGCUUUUCGGCUACUGUGCUUCUUGUUUCAGCCUUCGCCAUGAUGAAGAAUCUUGCCCAGAACGAGACUGGCGCAACCAUGAAGAGAAUGAUUUGCGUCAAUCGGACUAAGAUGGUUCACAUUUGGGAUUCUAAGUCAAGUGAUGCAUGCAUAUAUUUUCCGAUCUCUGUCACCUAUUUAUCUAUGUAUGUCUAAUGAGAAAGUAGAGUAUUUAUCAAUGAAUUUGAGAAAACAUACCCUUAAAGUAGAAUAUGUGUCUGCUAAUUUGUGAAAAAUACAGUAUUUUUUGGAUCAUAAAUUCUAACUCCUUCACAUUGCAAUAAACUAUUAGGAUUUCAAAAUGUAGAAAGCAAAGGGUAGUAAAGAACUAAAACUCCAAAUUGCAAACUACACAAUCUUGCAGUUUCUUUGCUAAUCCUCAAAGGUCAAAACAAUAGACCAAAUAACCUUUUUUCUUUCCUGUAAUCCAUGUACUGAACAAAACCGGUUGGAUCUUUCUAAUCAAAAUUACCAUGUUUAUCUCCUUCUCCUUUCCUAACAUACUCACAACUUGAGACAAGGAUUUAAGGAUCUAUGUACCUGUACCUGUACUAUCUAGCUAGCAAGUUUCCGCGCACUCUCGAUUGCGGCGACACAGUAAUGCAAUCUCCAGAGCAAAAUGUUG